UGCUGAUGUUGUUGGUGUCGUCCAUCUGCCCUGCGGUGAACGGUCAGUAUGAUGACUCUUACCUGGACCGGCCGCUCACCCUCGAGGAGCGAUGUCGCUCUUUCUCUGAAGCUAAUAAAGACUCGCAGGAAUUCUACAGUCCAAUGUACCCCAGCAAGUACCCCAACAACACCGACUGUACCCUCAACAUUGAAGCGGAAUUUGGCUACAUAAUACGAGUAGAUUUCCGCGACCAUUUCGAGAUCGAGCCUUCCGAGAACUGCGAGAACGACUUUCUGGAGAUCAGAGACGGACAGCACGGCUACUCUGACCUCGUGGGGCGCUACUGCGGCUCUGACUUCCCGCCCAUCAUAACUUCCCAGGACCGGCAUCUGUGGCUCCGGUUCCGCUCCGACGAGAGCCUCGAGUACAAAGGCUUCCGAGCUGUCUAUGAAUUCAUCAUGCAAGAAAUGGGUAGACCGGAAAUCCCGCCUUGCAGUUUCGAGACCGGGGGCGUGGCUGGCGUGAUUUCCAAUGCAGAAAUUCCUCAGUUUCGUUUCAAUUAUUCCUACACAUACCGCAUGCCUAUAGACUGCACCUGGACCAUCCGCGUGCAAGAGGGACACAUGAUUUACUUAUUUUUCGAGGAGUUUGAGUUGCAUCAGCCGAACGAGUGCGAUGUGAAUUUCGUGGAUCUUUUCGGAGAAGCUCGAGAUCUGCGAUCGCGGUUGAAGCAUUUCUGCGGAUCCGUGGCAGACUCUGUGGUGACGACCACAAAUGUGAUGCACGUUCGCUUCUUCGCCGUGGGACAAGCAAGACACUCCAAGUUCAAGGCUUGGUUCACUUCCUUCAGGGAGAGAAUCGUGGAAGGAGAGUCCGAUGACCAGAACGUCUGUCGGCCGGACGAGUACGACUGCGACGACGCGACGUGCAUCGAUGCCUCGCUUGAGUGCAACGACAUCAAGAACUGCAGGCACGAGUACGACGAGGAAGGCUGCAGUGACCUGAAGAAGCUGAAAUUUGACAUCACGUCUCAGCACAUCAUCAUCAUACUGACGAUGGGUUGUGGACUGCUGGGCGGCAUGUGCUUCGCCAUGUGCUUCAACUGCGUCAGGAAACUCAUCAGCGACGGCAGGCAAAUUCAGGAGAAUAUAAGGAGAUCUCGGGAGCAGCUGGAAGGAAGAUCGCGCUCGAUGACGUCAAUUCCGUCGACGCCGACGACGGUGGUCACUCAGCAACGGCCGCCGACUAUGCAGGACAACGAUUACAUGGCGACCGUCAAGCCGAACGGACGUGCGUGUCUUCCCGGGUCUUCGGAAGACAGCGAAGAAGACGAGGACCUAGACGAUGAAAUGGAUGAACUUGAAGACGAAACAAGCGUUGAGAUGAGAGACUGCGAGUGCCAAACUCGCGAUUCUUUAAGCACCCAAAGGGAUUCCCUCGGACAAAGAACUCCUCCUCCACCACCCCCUCCCACACGUCGGCCUCCGGGUGUUUCCUUAGCAAUAAGUCCUGAUCCUGUUCCCACUCCUCCCCCUCCUCCAGCUUCCCACUAUGGUCGGACAGGUGUUCCCCAAGAUCCCUACGCCGUGGAGUCCGAUGAUCCCUACAGAUAUAGAUCCCACACUGUAAUAAACGUGUCAGAUAAAGUCAGUGGCAAGACUUCUAGAGCUGCCACCAAGUCUCCCAAGUCGACUCCAGACGUAUUAGUGACUCACUGACUAGCGUGUUGCAUAGAAACUACAGCCUCUAACUGAGAGAUGCCAAUUAUCAAGCAUUAUGUUAAUCAUACAUGUAUUUGUCUGCUGUCCCACAUUGAAAUAGUGAAACAAUUCCAGUCACCGAGAUCGUAGUAGCGUAUAAUCAAAACAAAUUACUAAGAAAUUUUGCUUUCAAAUAAUUUAUUCCAAUAACGUCAAUUUAAUGAAGCGAGGUUUCAAUUCGCACGUAAUCCGCAUAUAUCGUGAAAUAGAGUAGUGACCUCAAUUGGAUUGAAAAUUUAUACUAGAGUGCGUUAUCGAGAAAAUUGUGGCCCAUAUGGUCUUGGUAAAAAUAAUAUUUUCCAAGAUAGGUACAAUCUCCAUAAACAGAUAAGGCUUCACAAAUAAUGUUCCUCAGAUUAGUGGUUUGAAACCAUGACCAUUGACGUGUGAGACCAAGGGGGUUAAACUCCCGAUAAAUUUUCUCACAAUAAUUGUUGGUUUCUUGAACGUUUGCGCACCUUAUCGUUAAACCUCCUGUUGAAGUAAGAAUUAAUAAGGAAUCAUAUUGAUUCAAUAUUUACUUGAAAAAUACAUAGUGAAUAGCUAAAUAUUUUGGCUCUAUAGACAGUCUGAGGAAAAAAUUGAAAUUAAUGACGAAAAUUAAUAAUGUCUGAGAUGAG